AUGUCUUGCCCGAUGUUGGAGUCAAAACUUUCGGCAUCAGUAAAAGCAUCGAUCAGUGUCACUCCAGCAGUUAAUGCUAUUAUUACUACUACCAAUAGUGAUACUUCUGGUACUACUAAUAAUACGAUUAAUUCAAUGACUUAUCCAUACAAGAAGCGCGUUCGAGAGGAGUUUGAAAAAAGGCAGCGUGAAAUCGAAGAAGAAGAGAAACGAUUGAAGUUAUUGGCGCAAGCAGAACAGCAGUUGAAACUGCAACUAGAGCAGCAAUUACAACAGGAGAAAGAGCAGCAAUAUAAUCAACCCCAGCAGCAAUCCAAGAAGCAACCUCCAAAAAAGCAGCAACAAAAACAGAAAUAUGAGCCACAACCAGGAACCUCAGGUAUAUCAUCGAUUGCUGCAACUGCAUUUACUGCUUCUGGAAGUGUUCCAGAUGAAGUAGGAACGAGUGCUAUAAAUCGACCUGAACUUCCAAGUGCUGAGAUGCCACAGCAACACUUGCAUGACGAUGAAUCAGAUGUUGCAGAAGAAGAAGCGGAGGAAAUAUCUAGUGAUAGCUCUGAAUCUUCAGAUGGCACUAAUUGGUCUGAGCUAGAUCAGGAUGCUCUGGAAGCAAAAGCAUGUUGUUGUUUGGCAACUCUCACUGGCAGAAAAGCCAUGGCAUGUGGUCGCCCAGCGUUUGGUAUUUAUUUUAGCAACAAAUUACGACAGAAAGCAUUGAAAAAGAAUCUUCCCUUUGCAUAUAAUAAAGGGAGAGGACAUUGGUAUACAUGCUUGUUUCAUUAUCGUGUAAUCAUGCAUGAACCAAAAUUAAAACCUAAUGAGAAGUAUGAAGCAAGAGAUCUCACCAAAUACUUGACGGGAGAAGUUACAGAAGAUGAAUUUCAAGCUUUCAAAAAUGAUCCAUUGACGAGAAGUUAUAUGAAAGAUUAUGAGCAGUUAAUGGCUACGCGUGAAAUGCAAAAAAAGAAAAAGAAAAAGAAAGGACGACCAGGAGUAAAUGGUGGUGAUGCUGAAACAAGCGAUGAUGAGACUCCAAGCGUUGGUGCACUGACUGGAAUUUGGCCAUUCAUGAGCACGAAUUUUCACACUAUGAAACCAGAUGAGGAAGUGAAUGCAUCGCCAUCAGGAGAAGGAUCAACAAGUUCAACCUCUUCGCAUGUACCUUUUCAUGCUCUUUCGGCUACCACCUUACGACGUUACAAAAAAUAUUUCAAUCUUCCCCAUCGUUCAAGCACCAAUACAAAACAGCAGCUUCUGGAAGGUAUAAUGGAACACUUCGAAACAAUUGAUGCUCCUGCAUUCGAGACAAUCGCUCAUUUUCUGCAUAUUGCCAAAACGCAUAAAAAUAAGUUGGACUAUCCGAUUGUCGAUUCGUAA